UAGAAAUCAAGCUCAGUUCAGUAGUGUAAAGUUCUGAAGCACAAUGGCGGCUCUGAAGUACGCAGGAAUGGAUGAUACUGACAGCGAGGAUGAACUUCCACCCGGCUGGGAGGAGAGAUCUACUAAGGAUGGCUGGGUUUAUUAUGCUAAUCACGAGGAGAUGAAGACGCAGUGGGAGCAUCCUAAAACAGGAAAGAAGAAGCGCUGUGCUGGAGAUUUGCCAUAUGGGUGGGAACAAGAGACUGAUGACAAGGGUCAGAUCUUUUAUGUUGACCACAUCAAUAAGAGGAAGACAUACUUUGACCCCAGACAGGCAUUCACCAUAGAGGAUGUACAGGUGAAGCCUAAACGCUAUGACGGCAACACUGCAGCUCUGGAAGUCUUACAGGGUUGCGACCUUUCCGAUAAGGUUAUUGUCAUCACAGGAGGAAAUUCUGGUAUUGGUUUUGAGACAGCACGAUCCUUUGCUCUUCACGGAGCCCAUGUAAUAAUAGCCUGCCGGAACAAAACCCGUGGUAAUAAGGCAGUGAGUCUGAUACUAGAGGAGUGGCACAAAGCUCGUGUUGAAGCUAUGACAUUGGACUUGGCUUCGUUGAGAAGUGUCCGAGAGUUUGCAGAAGCCUUCAAAGCUAAAAAACUGCCCCUACACAUCCUGGUCUGUAACGCUGCAGUGUGUGCGCAGCCAUGGUGUCUGACAGAAGACGGGCUGGAGUCCACCUUUCAAAUCUGCCAUCUAGGUCACUUCUACCUAGUGCAGCUUCUUCAGAGUGUACUGCGUCGUUCAGCCCCUGCCCGAGUGGUGGUGCUUUCCUCUGAGUCUCACAGGUUUACAGAUCUAGUGGACUCAUGUGGUAAUAUAGACCUGGCUCUGCUAUCACCACCCAGGAAGGACUACUGGUCCAUGCUGGCCUACAACAGGGCCAAGCUGUGCAACAUUCUUUUCUCCAAUGAGCUGAACCGUCGCCUUUCUCCCCAUGGAGUCACAGCCAAUGCAGUGCACCCUGGGAACAUGAUUUACACUUCUAUCCACUGCAGCUGGUGGCUCAUGACCUUCCUCUUCAACCUGGCACGACCCUUCACCAAGUCCAUGCAACAGGGAGCAGCCACAACAGUGUACUGUGCAGUAGCUUUGGAGCUUGAAGGUCUGGGUGGAAUGUACUUCAACAACUGCUUCCGCUGCAUACCCUCAGCGCAGGGCCAGGACCCAUCCAGUGCGCUCAGUCUGUGGGAGCUCAGUGAGAGGCUGGUGCAGGAGAAAUCCAGCGGUCCUCAGGCACUGUGAUUCUAAACUCCGGUCAACAACCCCAGCCUAACGUCAACACAACUGAUUGCUUUAUCACCAUAAAAGAGCUGUUUGUGGUUUAAAAAAUGAAAAAAAAAAUGUGGGGGAAAAAAAAGAGAAUAUCUAUAUAGCAGGCAUGACAAAAAUUCAAUUGAUUACACUUGAAGGUGGAAGCAGAAAAGCAAAGAGACUGUAGCGUUGUUCUGUACUGUUCUUCUUUGUACUUCCAGGACACAUGGGUUUUUCUUCUUUCUUCUGCAGGAGGACUAGAGCUAGUUCUGCAACACUGUACACCAUUUUAAUGGACAUCUAACACCGAGGUCUGUAAAUGAGUUAAUGCAGUACUAAAGGUACAAAGACAUGGUGGAUGAAGCAUAUGUAUGCUGUUUACUAUUUACAUAUACGACCACUGAAAAGAACUGGCCUGUAUAGAUAUCCUGUACAUAAUAUACACAGAGUGCUGUUUUAAUUCGCUCCUCUUUUUAAAUAUUAUAAUAAUAAUUUGCAUACCCCUCAGCCAUGAGACUCCAGAUCUGAUCUACACUGAAUUUUACAAAAUUCUAUGCUAAUGCUAAUUACAAUGAAGCAGCAUAUCGGAGGACAGCAGGGCCAGCUCUGACUGAGGGAAACGAGUCUUGCAGUCUCAAGAAAUUUCAUGUGGAACUUUCCGUUUGAAUUUCUUUUUUAGCUUUGCAAAUGUUUUGAUUGCAUUUUCCCUGUAGAAGAUGGCCUUCAUUUGUUUGAUUUCACUGAGGGUGCUGUCUGUAGAUCUGUACUCUUUAGCACAAGCAAACUCAGCUGGAGAGAUUGUUGCGAAGACUGAAGAAUGGCACCAGAUCUUUUUUUUUUUUCAUUUUCAUUUUUCUUCUUCCACCACUUCUUUUUCUUUCCAAAAGAGGUUGACUUUGGAAAGGUUGUGCUUUGGGGCAGUCUUGGUGCCAUGGGUCAAUCUAGGGCAUAAGCAUUCCAGUGUUUUGGGACCUGUAAAAAAGAAAAAAAGAUACAAAUCAAUAAAGAUUGAUAUAUGAUUAAGUGCAA